ACGCUUCGAUGAGCGUAGACGAAAUUAUCAUACGCCAGACGGCACAGGCGGGAACUCACCACCAGGAGAUGGAGAUGGCCCAGACUUGACGAAUCCUCUUACUGCAACGCCAUCUCGAUUCUGCAUGUCCGAAUCCAAUGGACAGCCAUGUGAGCUCUUUGCCCUGGCAGUUACAUACAACACAACACACCACUCACCCAAAUCUAGACUUCCUUGGCUCCUCAUCAAAUUGGUCAUUCUCUCGCCAAGUCCUAAGCGUCACCCAUGAACAUGUCUGCCAAUCUCCGCUGCCAACAAACAGCCUCCUCUUCGACGGCUUCGCCUAUGACCUGGGCUGGGAUGGCUCCCGAACAACGCAGACGCUCGACAACAGACUCAUCCCGAGCCACGACUACGCCAUUUUCCUCAUCAACGCUGUCAAGUUCCACUGUGGGCAAAUGUUCCACCUCUUUGAAGAAGAAGAAUUCAUGCUCCACAUGCAGACGUUUUACGCCAAAUCCUCGACCGAUAAUAGAGCGGAGGAAAACAGCCUCUGGUACAUCCACUUCCUCGUGAUCCUGGCGUUUGGCAAGAGCCUUAUCCAGAGAAAGACGCAGGGGAAUAACAGGCCGGCCGGGGCGGAUUUCUUCGUGCGGGCGCUGCAGCUUCUGCCUGAUGUUACGGCGCUGUGUAAAGAGCCUAUCAUGUCGACGGAGAUUCUGUGCUCGAUGGCGUGGUAUUAUCAAGCAUUGGACUUUCGACAUGCAGCGCACAACUUUAUUGGGCAAGCCAAAAGCGUGGCAAUGAACCACGGAAUGCAUACAGACAUGCCUGUCAUGGACUUGGGACCGGGCCUAGUCCAACGAUGCCGCAAGAUCUGGUGGACAGUCUACGUUCUCGACCGGCAAAUGACCUCAUUGAUGGGGCUGCCUCAAUCAACUCUGGACGAGGGCGUCUUUUGCCAGCUUCCGUCAUAUCCAGGUUCCGUUCACCGUACCACUGCACUGAGCAUGCAGAUCAAGUUUGCUCGAAUCAUUGCAGAAAUAAGUAGCACCGUCUACGGGGCAAACGGCCGCCUCAAUAAGAAAUUCGUCCUGAGCACAAAGUCGGUGCUGCAAAGCAUCGUUGCCGUGGCCGAUGAGCUGCGUACUUCGUUUCCGUUGUUUGCGGAUGAGCGCUUUGACGGCAUCUCGAGACUUUCUGCCCACCUGCACCUCCUUUACUACCAGUGCAUCAUCCUCGCGACCCGACCUCUACUUUUGUGCUGUCUGAUCAAGAGAUUCAACUCCCCGCUCGAGGCGGACUCGUUGGUGGCAUCGCCAAAGGUUCGGAACCCGCUUCAGAUGUGCGCAGAGUCGGCUAUCCAGAUUUUGAACAUUCUCGAUCGACUAAGAGCGCAGGGGCUGCUUGAAACAUUCCUUCCACUAGAUCUAGACUCUCUCUUCGUAUCAACAAUCGCCCUACUCGUCGCCCGCGGGGUCGACUCGCGUCUCAUAGAGAGCCAAGUCCCCUGGCUCGAUAAGUCGCACGCCAUCGUCGGAGAAAUGGUAGCAAGCGGCAACCUCAUCGCCGAGUUCAGGGAGAAGGAGAUGCAAAAGUUGGAGGAGAUGCUGCUCGGUUUUGACGCAACCAGACCGAGGCUAUUGGCGGACUCGACGAACAUUGUCGCACAGCAGCAGCCAUUACCACAACCAGACUGGCAACAACAGGCAGGCGUACCAGCCCCUCUCCUACCGGCCCCUUUGCCGGCGGAAACGAGAUUGCCGUUGAGUCAAGAAACGACGUUGCCGGCGUACAGAGAGUUGAGCAAAGACAGCAGCAGUCAGGCGGAGGACUUGACGACGCAGCAAAUUAUAGACGUUGUCAACUCAAUGGAAUGGGAGGACAACGAGUGGAUGUCAUUCACAAUGGUCCAGGAUGAAUGAAGCAUGAAGCUGUGGGUCUUUUUGGGGGUUGUCGUUUGUAAGAAGAAUGCACCCUUAAUUCAUUCCUUUAAAAGUUUUAUUUUCUUCCUGAGUCGAUUAAUAUCUGUGACACCGACUUUUUUUCGGUAUCGCGAAACAUACAGCAGCGACUGGUAAACCUUAACGUUUACAGUCAACCAAGCUGAACCAACUAAGAGUCUCUACAACAGCAACUCUACGUUGACAAUUCGCAUUCUCCCCUUUUGGGUAUUAGUUCGCAACCGCGGCGAGAAGUUGUCAGAUAAUCAACAAACUAACCCCCGGACUGGUUAGUGGAGCUACGUUGCAACCAACAUCCUCGCGACCGAUCGACCACCAAAAAGCCUAUACGCAACUCGGGUUCGGUCCC